AGGGGAGGAGCCGCCGGGUGACGCGCAGGAGAAGCCCGCGGGGAGGAUUCCCUCGGAGAGACCCAAACAUUUAAAGAAGCUCAGGUGUCUGACUAUGCCUGCAUGAUGUCGAAAGAGGCCAAAGCAUCACCACAGUCAUCUGCUGAUGCACACAUACCAAAGAAGGUGCACCCAGGAGCUCAAGGCUAUAAGAUGGAGCAGGCUUUAGUAUCUACAUUUGUUCCUGUAGUCAUACACCCUGGAGGACACAAGCCUGAAUCGCUCAGCUUUGCUUUCUACAAUCCUAACUAUACCAACUCAUACAAUCCUUUUUACACCUUACAAAAACCAACAUGUGGUUAUCGGUAUUGCCGGGACACAGAUCAUAAGAAGAAGGUGAUGGAUGUUGAGAUGACGAACAUUGUGAAGUGGAGAACCAUCACUGGGAAAAAACCAGGUCUGGCUUCAGCAUCCUCAAAACAAUGA